AUGAAGCUAAUCGACUGCCCUCUCCUCCGUUUCUCUCAUAUCUAUGAGAAAGAGACAGAUUGUCUCCAUUCUCUUCAUUUCUUCCAACAAUUCAUCCAUCACAUCAUUCAAUCCGCUAUUCCAAAUGGAGAGGGACGUCGUCUUGUCAUUCUCGAUAUCUACACUACCCAACAACUUCAACAGGAAACAUUGAAAUGUCUGUCUGAUGAAUAUGAGAUGAUGAUGGGACGAUUGAUCGAAUGGAUAGAGAACAACGCUAGGGGGCAGAGUAUUCAGCUCAGUCAAACCAAAAGCAAGAUCCCGGCACGUGAGUCGAUAGUCUUCGACCGUAUCUACCCGACGGGCAUCAACAUCAUAAUCGCCCAGAAUUACCCAUCUGAAGCUGUUGUAAACAGCCAGACUUCAGCGGCACCCGGAAUGAAGCGGAAUGCGUGUUCCAGCCGCGAGAAGUACGAAAAAAAG